UAGUAUAUUUUGGGGGAUUCUGACCGCUGAUCCACCGCAUCCACAUCCCACAUCCCACCGCAUCCACAUCCCACCGCAUCCCGCAUCCCUCCUCGCCCACCGCGUCACUGCACCCUCACCGCAUCCCACAUCCCUCCUCGCCCGCCGCGCCGCCAUAUUCCCUACGUAACCGACAUAUCGUACAAGCAUUAUCAUUUUCUUAUCACUGUUAUCAAGCAUUUAUCAGUUAUAAAAUUGUUAUCACAUAUUAUCAAUCAUUUAUCAGUUAUCAAAUUGUUAUCAAUCAUUUAUUUUUAUCAGUUAUCAUAUAUUUAAAAAAUAUAAUAUUCUGCGUUAGAAUCGAUCCGGGAGGGUAUGAGCGUAUCAUUUUACCACCUUCCCACCUCGACUCUAACCCAUUGAACAAUAUAGUCAAUACUGCUAUAUUUAAAUACACGCUAAAUAAUAUACAUAAUCAUAUAAAUAUUCUAUAGCUACCUCUUAUACUUAGGAAAAUCAUAUACAAAAAAUGUAAUUAAAUUUAGACUCAGUUAUAUAUUUAUUACCACCACCACCCAUUGAAACUAUUACAUUUAAAUACACGCUAAAUAAUAUAAUCAUAUAAAUACUCUAUAGUCUCCACUUAUAAUUUUAGAAAAAUAAGUGAAUAUACUUUUGUAUAUAUAUUCGCUCGAGUUGCCAGGACGUCGCCGACUCUUAAUAGCCACAAUGGCCAUUUAUAUUGAAAGACACUUAACAAUAAUAGGUAUAUUAUCCGUAUUCAAUUAAAUACCUAUUCACAUACCACCUGGACAUUAGUGAUUGAAAGACAUUUAAUAAUGGUAGUAAUAAUCACAAAUAAAUGUCUUCUUAAUGUGCCCUACCGGUCGUCAGAAUGUCGUGGAAUCUUAAUAGCCACAAUGACCAUUUAUAAUGAAAGACACUUCCGCCUUAUCGGCAUUAAGAGACAUAUCCUUAUUCAAUUAAAUAUUCACUAAUAGCUCUGAUUAUAUUCUGACAGCUUAAGUUUCCCGUCAUUAAGAUAUUUAUUUAACAAAAAGCCUAAGGAUUUCGCAUACUCUUAAUAAUAUUUUAAUAGUAUAACUAGUAGUUCUUUUAUGAUUAUCGGUUAUAUAUAUCACUGAGCAUAGCUGAAUCGGUUUAGUCUGUUCCGACACGUUUACACGCUCCGACUUUUUAGUACAAGUGUUAAAUUUUCGUUUCAUCAUGUUUAAAUGCGAACAGUGCCCAUCUGAGUUUUCGCGCAAGGACAGUUUAACCAGGCAUAAGAAAACACAUGAUAAAGUCUGCUUUCCAUGCGUGCAAUGUGCUAAAUCAUUUAGUUACCAAUCGAACCUUGUUCGCCAUAUGAAAAACACUCACAACCGUGCACGACGUGAUAUCACGACUCCACAAGUACAAGAUGUACAACGAGGUGAAAUAGAGAUUGCCCCGAACAUAAUAGUGCCAGAUCAACCAGCAGGCCCCUCAAAUCAGCCUCAAAAUUCGAAUAAUACACAAAACCAACAUUUUUCUGAAGAUGAUUUGUGUAUAAUGGACGAAUAUCAACCAGUACGACAGAGUGUCAUACAGUUCGCGCCUCGCAUUGCUCCACAGAUCCAGAUUGCCCCUCAAAUUUUCGUUCCCGAUAUCCAGGCCGGUUGCUCGAACAUGGUAGCCGAGGACGAGAUUUGCAUGGCAGUUAUGGACGAAUUUGAAAAUGAGGAUGAUUUGUGUAUGAUUGCAAUGGACGAAUAUGAGAAACAGAACGCUAUUACAGAUUCUUACACUACAUCCGUUAAAAGGGGACGUACUUCCAUCGCGAAUACCACGUCGAGUGCUAGGGCGAAAAAAGCUCGUAUGAACAUGGUUAAGGCGCCUGGGUUCACAGAAAUUUCCUCAUCUGCGAAUCGAAAAAUCGUGUGGUUUUAUGUCAAAAAUAUAAACAAUGUUCAAAAUUAUCCCGACUUUCUCCGCUCGAUCGAGCCUGAGCUAAAUCAAAUAUUAAAAACACGCGUUCAGCAAGGGGCGAUUAAAUUUAAUCUUAAGCUCGAGGCGACGUACAGCCAGCCAAACGUAGAGAAUUCAGCCGAGAACCGUGCGUUUAAAACUUCAGCCAGAGAAAUUUUUAUGUAUACGGAUAUCGACUCAAUAGUAGAACAAGCGUUCGUAAAAUUAUUAGCUGAGGAAGACGCUUAUGUUUCUCGCGGUAGUGGCUUUACUUUGGAAUCCAUAGACGGCUUAUUAUUAGGAAUAUACAAUUACACACCAAUGACUGGGUCGUCAUAUAUUGAAUUACCGGCAUGUAUAGAUAGGAAACGGGCCACCAUUAACCCACAAAACAAUGACCAGCAAUGUUUCAAGUGGGCGAUUCUUGCGAGGCAUGUGGCAGAGAAUUUAUCAGAGAAAUAUAAAUAUUGUGUCGGUGAAAACUAUACACACCACGAAGGAAAAUAUAAUUUUGAUGGUAUUUCGUUUCCAACACCACUAUCGGAUAUUUCUAAAUUUGAAAAAAAUAAUCCGAACGUCACUGUGAAUGUGUAUGGGUUAGACAAAAAGUUACAGCCACCGCGUAAAUAUCCAACGUACGAGGUGUACCCGCUACGUGUCGCUGAUGAGGAGAAAGCCAACCACUUUGAUCUGUUGUUGGUAACGGACGACGAAAGCGGGUCGCACUACAUCUACAUCUCAAAUUUUUCCCGCCUUAUACGCUCUCAAAAGACUGGACAUAAAGAGAAAGUAGUGUUUUGCAAAAGGUGUUUCACAUCAUUCGAUGACAGGCGGCAUAAAUACAAGUUGAGCGGACAGGAGGCGUUAACUCAGCAUAAGCUUAUAUGCGGUGCACAUAAGCUAAUAUUACCGAUGAUGCCUGAAGAGGGUACAGUUCUUGAAUUUAACGCUUGGCAAAACGCACAGAGGCAUCCUAUUGUUAUAUAUGCCGAUUUUGAGGCUCUGCUUGUAAAGACGGAUGAGAUGAAGGGUAAAAAUACAACAAUCAUACAAAAACACCGUCCUAUGAGCUAUGGUCUCAUUGUGAAGGCGAGUGAAGAUGUACCGACAGAGCUAUUGAGUGAACACAAUAUUCCAACAAAACCAGUGAUCUACCGAGGAAGCGAGAGUCAGCCUGAUGUGGCGAGACAUUUCGUCGAUACCGUGACGGAUAUAUCGUUGAAGAUUGAAAAGUUACUGAAGACGAAUAUGCCGCUAAAUAUGUCCGCAGACGACAUACAAGCUCAUGAAGCAGCGACGCACUGCAAUCUAUGCAAAUGCGAUGUUAAUAACUACACCCGUAUUCGCGAUCAUGAUCACUUGACCGGGAAAUUUAGACAGACUUUAUGCAAUAUAUGUAAUUUAAGUCUUAAACAACCGAAAUACGUACCAGUUUUCAUUCAUAAUCUUUCCAAUUACGAUGCUCAUUUUUUGGUGUUAUUAGAUUGGCGGCGAGAGUUGAUAAGCUUGUAGCCAUAAAUCUGAAUGUAUCCACGAAUCUGAUCGUAAAAUCGUUACUUAUGUAUUUCGAAAAAGUAACGAAUUUCUCCUCGCUGUUUGGAAUUACUUUUAUUCUAUGUGUAUCAUAACCAAGUUCUGUUACUAUAAAAUGAGCAUCGUAAUUGGAAAGAUUAGAAGACUUUCUCUUUAUGUCCAGUCUUUUGAGAGCGUAUAAGGCGG